UUCUGAGUCUGUCGCCGCCGCACUCUCCUUAGUGUUCCCCUUUUCUUCUCCUCCCUGACUUCCCCUGUACGGACUCUCUUCCCUCUUUAACGGUCGACGCCUUUAACGGCCCAUCGGAGGAUGUCUCGCACGGGCACUGCCACCGAUUCCACCAUAAGCGUCGAUGGUGAUGGUUCCGCCGGAGAGAUCAUGCUGUUUGGGGUUAGAGUUGUGGUUGAUUCCAUGAGGAAGAGCGUGAGUAUGAAUAAUCUGUCUCAGUACGAGCAUCCUCAGGACGCCGCAAACAAUAAUAACGGCAACAAGGAAGAUACUCUGGCUGCCGGCUAUGCUUCCGCGGAUGAAGCUGCUGCUCAUAAUUCCGGCAGGCAUCGCGAGCGUGAGCGUAAGCGAGGAGUUCCGUGGACAGAGGAAGAGCACAAGCUGUUCUUGCUGGGAUUGCAGAAAGUUGGGAAAGGUGAUUGGAGAGGGAUCUCAAGGAACUACGUGAAAACUCGGACGCCUACACAGGUUGCGAGUCAUGCUCAGAAGUACUUUCUCCGGCGAAGUAACCUCAAUCGCCGACGCCGUAGAUCCAGCCUUUUCGAUAUAACGACCGACACGGUCUCUGCAAUCCCAAUGGAAGAUGAACAGAUCCAGCAUCAAGAUUACGCGUCUCAUUCAAAUCCUAUGUGCUCUGCAACCCCUGAAACCACCAACAUGAAUGGAUUUCCAAUGAUGCCAGUAUAUCCGAUGGGUGUUGGUUCUGGGAUGAUUUCAGUCCCAGUUUCAAAUCCAAUAGAAAAACUUACUCUUCGACAAGGAACGAUGGACUGUAACGGGCAACCCCAGCUGGUCCGAUCAAUUGCAGUUCUUUCACAUCCUCAAGCUUCUGAAGCAUCUAAUAUCACAUCAAGUUCAAGUUCAGAUGUUGAUCCACCUACGUUGUCUCUUGGGCUAUCCUUAUCUUCUGAUCAAAGACAAACUUCAACAAGCCAUCCUUCUAUGCUUCCCAUGCCACGUUUCAACAAUGGAGAUAACAUCAUAAGUGUUGCUUGAGGAAAGAUAAUAAGAACUUGGGGUUCGCGGGGAUGUUUAUGUCUAAUUUCUCUUCAACAGUAAAACCUCAAAGGGGAAGGAUAAGGAUGGUGAUGAUGGGAAGGCAGCUUUUGUGACUGAAAGUUGAUCCCUUCUGUUUGUUGUACAGACCCUGGAAAAGGUCGUGUCCUGUUGUUAUUGUAUUCUAAUGCUAUGACCUUAGAUUCUUGUUUAUUUUAGCCGUUUAUGUCUGUAGUUUGAUGCAGUUGAUUGAAAAUAACAAGUACUACUGCAUGUUCAUUACUGAUAAAAUUUGGAUGUGGACUACACAUUCGAUCCCCAGUUUCUACAUAUCUCUGGCACCAAAAAUAUCAACUUGCAUAUGGCUUUUUAAUUA